AGUGCGGGGUCGGAGCCGCGUCCCGUGGUCUGGACUUCCGGCCGGCCGGGCGCUGACGGCGGAGCGGGGCUCAGCGGGGCCGAGUGGCGCAGUGCGGCCGCGGGGCCUUCCCGGGGCCGGGGUCGGGGUCGGCGCGCCAUGGCGGACGAUCUAAAGCGGUUCCUGUAUAAAAAGCUACCAAGCGUGGAGGGACUCCAUGCCAUCGUCGUGUCGGACCGGGACGGCGUGCCUGUCAUCAAAGUGGCCAACGACAGCGCCCCAGAGCACGCCCUGAGGCCCGGCUUCUUGUCCACCUUCGCUCUCGCCACCGACCAAGGAAGUAAACUGGGCCUUUCAAAAAACAAAAGUAUCAUCUGUUACUAUAACACGUACCAAGUGGUUCAGUUUAACCGUUUACCUUUGGUGGUGAGUUUCAUAGCCAGCAGCAAUGCUAAUACAGGCCUGAUUGUCAGCCUGGAGAAGGAGCUCGCGCCGCUGUUCGAGGCCCUGAGGCAGGUGGUGGAGGUGUCCUAGCGGCCAGAGGCCCAGCACAGCCGUCUCGGACAGGCCCUGGACCCUGCGGCUGACUGCGCAGUGCUGUGUCUGAGUGCCCGAGGCCGGCCCCUGUCUGCCUCCCACUCGGGAGCCUGGAGGGGCUCCAGCUCGUGUGUCCUCUCUCUGUCAGGCUUCUCUUGGUUACCGGGCGCUCGUGCCCCCACAGUGCUCACCCCAGCCCAUGGAGUCUCCCAGGCGGAUGGCUUGGUGGGUCUGAGUCAGUGUCGACGGGAUCCCCAGGAGCCAGGAGUGGUGCCUGCGGCCCUCGCCCCGGCUGUCCCCGUGCCCAGCCUGCAGGGGGAAGAGGUGGAGGAGGGCAGCUUUUGUGUUUUCAUGUGUUUCAUUUCUUUGCAUUGAAUGUGAGAAAGAAAAAAUCCUUAGUGAAUUAAUAAAACCAGUACAAUCACUAA